GUUAGCAUCAAGACUGCAGUCAUCCGUCCCGCAGUGGCCCGACUUACGGAGAUAAACCGCCACAGCAACAUAAUGGACCUCCCUCUCCGUUCGAGUGGAUGCAGAAUGGAUCAUACUCAUUCUAUCUAGCUUUGCGUGCAACACAUCCGGGGGAGGCUACCGCAAGAAAGAGGACCGCGAAAAACAAUCGGAGAGGGGCGAUGUCGCUUUCUGGAGUCGCUCGGAGGGACCCCCUAUAUCGGGGAGUGUGCCGCUGGGGCGCUGAUGGCCGUCGAUGCUGCAACGUGCGUAUACGGUCCUGCCAUGAUGCGAUUUCAGAUGUCAACGUCGUUCAUUGUUGGUUAUGGCGGACAAAGGUCUCUCUUUUUUUUCUGGUGCUCUCCAGCCUUUCCGACAGAGCAAGAAAUCCGCUCAGCAAAAACUCGUCUCUACGAGUCAUUGCCCGUCCAAACAGGCUUUAUUAGCCUUCCGGACGGACCGGCUCGUCGGAGACCGUUUCUUCCACCGUCCGAAAGCUUCUGUUUUGACAGUUUUGAACUGUACGGUGGCUGGAAUUUUAAACUUC